CAGCUAUUAUUCGGAUAACUUUGAUAAGACUUGCAAAAGUAACGCGAAAGAAUACGUAAACGAUUCAUUAAUAAAAAAAAACUAUCCGUGAUCGUAUGUAAUAGCAUAUCUAAAACUAUCGAUUACAAUAAUUUUCUUUGUUUUCUUUUUUAAGAAAAAUACUCGAUAAAAAAGUUGUCAGUCUUUUAGCAAACUUUCCUAACAUACGAACUCUACCUCUGAAAUAUUUUUACAAUUUUAUUAAUUAACUCUCAUACAUCUUGAUAGUUUUAAAAAUAGAACAAAAAAAAAUUAUGAGAGUGGAAGAAAAAUACGCGGGUAUAUUUUACGAUGACAAAGUAUUGACAUGGAGUAAACGACUUUUAACAUUGCCAGGACUAUGGCCAGAAGAUCGUAACGAUUUUCGAUUUUUCUUUUACGUUAUUUACGUAAUAUUAUUCACCAGUUUAGAACUCGUUGGAUUAUUUCAAAGUAUAAAUGAUCUUGACAAAACUCUUCGUAACGUAACCCUUUCAUUACCAACUAUAUUGAUCGUUUUAAAAGCAUUGAUGUUUCGUUGGAAGAUGCAUUUAGUUUUACCGAUCUUGAAAAUUGUUAGAAGAGACAUAUCACAAGGAUUAUAUCGAACGGAUAAAGAAAGGGAAAAAAUAGUCUGGUAUAAUGUGGCAGCAACUAUGUUUACAACGUCCUCAGCAAUGUCUCUUUUCUUCGUUCCUACUUUAUUUUAUGGCAAACCAAUUUUCGAAUGCAUUCUAUCCGGUUUCGAUAAUUGCACGCUACCGUAUGAAUUACCAAUACGAAUAAAUCAUAUUUACGAGGUGACAGAUGCUCGUAAGUACGCGUUGUUCUGUAUCUGGUUGAUACCAGCCAGUACUCUGUUAACCGUAGGUGCAACUGGCGCGGAUAGUCUUCUAGUUACUUUGACGUUUUAUCUAUGCGGACAAUUAUCGAUUCUUGGUAAUCGUUUGAAAAACGUUAAUCUAGAAAUGGGAAAGUAUCAUUGCGAAAUGAAACAUUUGAUCGAUCGACAUGACGAACUCUUAAGAUUGGCUACGAUUUUGAAGAAUGCAUUCAGUUUUCUUAUGUUCGUGCAAACAUUAGGUUUGAUUUGUUCUCUCUGCGUUGUGGCCUAUCAAUUGCUAACGACGUCAGAAAAUGGCAAGGAUAUGAACACAGUACACUUUGUUUUAUAUUCCUGUGCAGUUGUACUUCUCGCGUUUUGUUAUUGUUUUUUAGGAGAAUGUUUGAUCGAAGAAAGUAGUGCAAUUGAUUUGGCUUGUUAUUUUACUAAUUGGUACGAAUUACCAACGAAAGAAAUACGUUCGAUGAUGUUUUGCAUUGCCAGAUCAAGAAGACCGUCUUAUAUAACAGCUGGACAAUUUUAUGUAUUUUCAUUAGAAACUUUUGCAAUUAUAAUGAAAGCUUCCAUGGCAUAUCUCUCAGUUCUGAGAACAAUUGCGUAAUCAAAAAGAGAUGGAAGAAGGAAGAGCCUCGUCAAGAAGAAGAAGAAGAAGAAGAAGAGAAGAAGAAUUAUGGGGGUGAUGGGUAAUUGUAAAUGGUUGUGAAUGGUGUAAUAGUACAACGUUUCACUAAUCGUAUUACUCGAAAGCUUUAUCUCGUCAUAAUCUUAGCAAAUAUACGACGACAUUUUAAUAAGGGAAUUUUAGAUGGAUUAAAAGGGCCCUGUAACACCCCCUGUCUGGGAGUGGGCUUUUGAGGGAGAUGGGGUGAUACGAAGAUGUGCUACAGACAUGUCUAUUUUUACGUUUUUAUCUAUUUUUACAACGUAAUAAUAAUAAUAAUAUCGACGACGAGAGAAGAGAACAAA